GCAGUACCGAACAGCUAGUGUUGUCCUGUGUGUUCGCUAACGGGAAUUAAAGCUGAUUAAACGCUUAACAUGUUCAAACUGAUCCUGAUGGCUAUCUUGGUGGUGGCGGCCACAUGCGCGCCGAUGCCGGAACCGGCGCCGACACCGGUACCAGGCCCCCUGCCGCCGCCGCUGCUCGCCCCUUACCCGGUGAUCUAUCCGGCGCCUUACGUCAAGGUGUACCCGUAUCAUCCGGUUCCCCUGGCGUACUAUAACAGCUACAAGUGGCUCCACCCGGGCUCGGCGUACACUUACUAAACAUCGAUUCGGGCCCGCCCCGGAGGAUCGCCCCAGCAGCACGGCUCGUGGUAACCCCCCUCGAUAUAACGCGACUCACCGCAACGCGCCAAAUGAUUCUGUAUCGUGGUAGAACGUUUCUGAAAUAAAAUAUUCUCUCUUGUCGCAGA